AUGAUCGACAAGCGGCAGUGCCGGCGCAACAAUCGGGAGUCCUUUGUCGCGGCCAUCGCGGAGUGGCGCGCUGAGCUGCAGGAGCGCGCCGCGCGCGCCCCCCUCUCCUCCCUCCCCUCCUCGUCCGUCCCCGCGCGGAGAGAGGCGCGCGGCUCCGGCCCGCUGCCGCUCGCGCGCGAGGCGUCCGCCGAGGACGCUGUCCGCCGCUCCCUCGCCGCCGAGGGGGCGUGCGGCGGGCAGCAGCAGGGCUCGGCCGCGGAGAAGCGGCGCGUGCUCGUCGUCGCGCGCAAGCGGCCUCUCUUCGAGCACGAGGCGUGUAAUCUCCUGUAA